CGUGUUUGUCCAAUGGCAGCCCUCGUUAGGCCACCAUGUUUUCUAUCAGACGCCAUUAAGCAGCUCCAUCAGGCCGUAAUAGACUCGGCGCUGACUGUCAGCACGGAUCACGUUACACAACAUGUUUCAUAUCUAAUAUCAGCUCAACGAGUGACGCUGUGAGGGAGGAGUCCAAAUACUGCAUUACCCAUGAGCCUCAGCUGCCAGUAACUAUCACAGACUGUGUUAAUAUUCACAUAAUGUCAUUAAAAUGCUCCCGAAGGCUCCAGCAGGACAAACGUGGACCAGAGGUGCAGUUCAGGUGAUGCUGCACCUGUCAGUCACGGAGGCCACGCCCCUAACAUUGCAAACAGGUACAUGGUUGCAUGAUUUAGUACAGGUGUGAAGGUAGAAAUUCUCUGCAUCAGCUGUAAACGUACUCGUUUUAACAUGGGAGUCUAUGAGGACUGACUCACUGCUGCCUCUGCUGGACACCAGAGGAACUGCAGGUUUGGAGUGCUCUGUGUUUCAUUUAUUAUAAAGUUUAAUGAGUGCAACGUGAAUACAUACAGAGAUUUAUUAGAGCACGUGUCAUAAAAACUGUAAAACACGGAUAUUUAACAGGAUGUGUCAUCGUUUAUCUAGCAAAUGUUUUUAUCCUCAUUAAAACAUGUUUGUGUUCGGGACUCAUGUCAGAAACUAAUGUGGCCUCUUAAUCAGUAAUAACAAUAAUAAUAGUAACAAUAGCUAUAUUAGUAGUAAUAAUAAAUAACAGUUAUUAUUAUUGUUGUUAUUACUGUCUGUGGAAUAAAGAGCCUUCGAUUCGGAUCAACUGAAGCUGCUGCUGCUCUCUGUGGCCUGCAGGGGGCGCUCUGCAGGCGGACCCGAAGCCCAGAAUCAGACCCGAACCCUCUGAGCCGGGGGGAGGGGGCAGUGCGGAUUCUUUCCCGUCAUCCCCUGCGGCAGCAGCAGGAGCAGCAGCCCCCUCCACCUCCUCUGUGCUCUCCGGUCUGCGGACUCUUCCUCACCUCCGCUGAAGUUUGGAGCGUCGCUCCGACCCUGAGCAGGUUUCAGCCGGAAGGCGUCGAUGUGGACGUGUCCCCGCUGACAUCAAGGUGCGUCAGACGUGAAAGGUCACGAUGACGACGGUGGCCGCCGAGUACGACCGCAUGGAGCUGCAGCAGCAGUACAGCGGCAGCAACGACACGGUGAACAACCGCUGGGACGACGACUGGGACAACGAGAACAGCUCGGCCCGCCUCUUCGAACGCUCCCGCAUCAAAGCGCUCGCAGAUGAGCGGGAGGCGGUGCAGAAGAAGACCUUCACUAAGUGGGUGAACUCUCACCUGUCCAGAGUCUCCUGCAGGAUCACCGACCUGUACAUGGACCUGAGAGACGGACGCAUGCUAAUCAAACUGCUUGAAGUCCUCUCCGGGGAGAGACUGCCAAAGCCAACCAAAGGGCGGAUGCGGAUCCACUGUCUGGAGAACGUGGACAAGGCGCUGCAGUUCCUGAAGGAGCAGCGGGUUCACCUGGAGAACAUGGGCUCCCACGACAUCGUGGACGGAAACCACCGACUGACGCUGGGCCUCAUCUGGACCAUCAUACUCCGCUUCCAGAUUCAGGACAUCAGCGUGGAGACGGAAGACAACAAAGAGAAGCGAUCGGCCAAAGACGCCCUGCUGCUGUGGUGUCAGAUGAAGACCGCGGGAUAUCCCAACGUCAACAUCCACAACUUCAGCACCAGCUGGAGGGACGGCAUGGCCUUCAACGCCCUCAUCCACAAACACAGGCCUGAUUUGAUCGAUUUUGACAAACUGAAGAAAUCCAACGCUCACUACAACCUGCAGAACGCCUUCAACCUGGCGGAGCAUCACCUGGGGCUCACCAAGCUGUUGGACCCCGAGGACAUCAGCGUGGACCAUCCCGACGAGAAGUCCGUCAUCACCUACGUGGUGACCUAUUACCACUAUUUCUCCAAGAUGAAGGCUCUGAAGGUGGAGGGCAAACGUAUCGGGAAGGUUUUGGACAACGCCAUAGAGACGGAGAAGAUGAUCGAGAAAUACGAGUCUCUGGCCUCAGACCUGCUGGAGUGGAUCGAACAGACCAUCAUCAUCCUCAACAACAGGAAGUUCGCCAACUCUCUGGCGGGAGUCCAGCAGCAGCUGCAAGCCUUCAACACCUACCGCACGGUGGAAAAACCCCCCAAGUUCACGGAGAAGGGGAACCUGGAGGUCCUUCUCUUCACCAUCCAGAGCAAGAUGAGAGCAAACAACCAGAAGGUGUACAUGCCCCGUGAGGGGAAGCUCAUCUCUGACAUCAACAAGGCCUGGGAGCGGCUGGAGAAGGCGGAGCACGAGCGCGAGCUGGCUCUCAGGAUGGAGCUGAUUCGUCAGGAGAAGCUGGAACAGUUGGCCAGGCGCUUUGAUCGAAAGGCGGCCAUGAGAGAGACCUGGCUCAGCGAAAAUCAGAGGCUGGUGUCACAGGAUAACUUUGGCUUCGACCUUCAGGCCGUCGAGGCCGCCACCAAGAAGCACGAGGCGAUCGAAACGGACAUCGCCGCGUACGAGGAGCGUGUCCAAGCUGUGGUUGCUGUGGCGAAGGAGCUUGAGGUGGAGCGCUACCAUGACAUCAAACGCAUCACAGCCCGGAAGGACAACGUUAUUCGUCUGUGGGAAUAUCUGCUGGAGCUGCUGAAGGCCCGCAGGCAGCGGCUGGAGAUGAACCUGGGCCUGCAGAAGGUCUUUCAGGAGAUGCUCUACAUCAUGGACUGGAUGGACGAGAUGAAGAUGUUGCUGCUGUCUCAGGAUUAUGGGAAGCAUCUGCUGGGGGUGGAGGACCUGCUCCAGAAACACGCCUUGGUGGAGGCAGACAUUGCCAUCCAGGCCGACAGGGUGAAGGCGGUCACCACCAACGCCAACAAGCACUCUGCCAGCAACAGCGGCUACAAGCCCUGUGACCCUCAGGUCAUCCAGGACCGGGUGGCCCACCUUGAGUUCUGCUACCAGGAGCUGACUCAGCUCGCCGCAGAGCGACGUGCCCGUCUGGAGGAGUCUCGCCGUCUCUGGAAGUUUUUCUGGGAGAUGGCGGAGGAGGAAGGCUGGAUCCGUGAGAAGGAGCAGAUCCUGUCCUCUUUGGAGCACGGUAAGGACCUGACGGGGGCGCUGCGUCUCCUCAGCCAGCAACGUGCCCUGGAGGACGAGAUGAGCGGCCGUGCCGGCCACCUGCAGCACACCAUUGCGGAGGGCCAGGCCAUGGUGAAGGCGGGACACUUCGGUGCCACGAAGAUACAAGAGCGAAUUUCCGACCUGCAGGCUCAGUGGGCAGCGCUGGAGCAGCUGGCAGCGGUGAGGAAGAAAAGGCUGGAGGAGGCUCUGGCCCUCCACCAGUUCCAGGCUGAUGCUGAUGACGUAGAUGCCUGGAUGCUGGACGCCCUGCGCAUCGUCUCCAGCGGGGAGACCGGCCACGAUGAGUUCUCCACCCAGGCGUUGGCCAGGAAGCACAAAGAUGCAGCGGCAGAGGUGGCAAGCUACAGACCGGUAAUUGACUCACUCCACGAGCAGGUUGCCUGUCUGCCAAAAGAGGAGGCGGAGUCAGAGGAGGUCCGUGGUCGGCUGACCGGUAUCGAGGAGCGCUACAAGGAGGUCGCCGACCUCACCAAGCUAAGGAAGCAGGCGCUUCAGGACGCUUUGGCCCUCUACAAAAUGUUCAGCGAGGCCGAUGCCUGUGAAGUUUGGAUCGAUGAGAAGGAGCAGUGGCUGAACAGCAUGGAGAUCCCGGAAAAACUGGAGGACCUGGAGGUCAUACAGCACAGGUUUGAGAGUCUUGAGCCGGAGAUGAACAACCAGGCGUCUCGUGUCGCUGUGGUGAACCAGAUCGCCAGGCAGCUGAUGCACAGUGGUCACCCGAGUGAGAAGGACAUUAAGAUCCAGCAGGACAAACUCAAUAACAGGUGGAGCCUGUUUCGUGAGCUUGUGGACCGGAAGAAGGAGUCCCUGAACUCAGCUCUGGGUGUGCAGAACUACCACCUCGACUGCAACGAGACCAAGUCCUGGAUCAAAGAGAAGACCAAAGUCAUUGAGUCUACCCAGGAGCUGGGCAAUGACCUCACAGGGGUCAUGGCCCUGCAGCGCAAACUGACCGGCAUGGAGCGUGACCUGGCCGCCAUCGAGGACAAGCUAAGUGAAAUGCACGGCGAAGCCCAGAGGCUGGCAGAAGAGCACCCCGAUCAGGCCAACGCCAUUACGGGCCGUCUGGCCGAGAUCACGGCCGUGUGGGAGGAAAUGAAGAACACGCUAAAGAACCGAGAGGAGUCUCUGGGUGAAGCCAGAAAACUGCAGCAGUUCUUACGUGAGCUGGACGACUUCCAGUCGUGGUUAUCUCGCACUCAGACCGCCAUCGCCUCAGAGGACAUGCCCAACACGCUUGCCGAAGCGGAGAAGUUGAUGGCCCAACAUGAAGGCAUCAAGAAUGAGAUCCAAAACUACGAGGAGGACUAUCAGAAGAUGCGGGACAUGGGCGAGAUGGUGACACAGGGCCAGACGGACGCUCAGUACAUGUUCCUGCGACAACGGCUGCAGGCGCUCGACACCGGCUGGAACGAACUGCACAAGAUGUGGGAGAAUCGGCAGAACCUGCUGUCGCAGUCCCACGCCUACCAGCUGUUCCUUCGGGACACCAAGCAGGCCGAGGCUUUCCUCAACAAUCAGGAGUACGUCCUGGCUCACACCGAGAUGCCCACAACCCUGGAGGGGGCCGAGGCUGCCAUCAAGAAGCAAGAGGACUUCAUGACCACGAUGGACGCCAACGAGGACAAGAUUAACGGCGUGGUUGAGGCCGGUAGGCGGUUGGCCAGCGACGGGAACAUCAACGCCGAUCGAAUCCAUGAGAAAGUCACCUCCAUCGACGACAGGCACAAGAAGAACAGGGAGGCUGCGGUGGAGCUGCUGAUGAGGUUGAAGGACAACCGAGACCUGCAGAAAUUCCUGCAAGACUGCCAGGAGCUGUCUCUGUGGAUCAAUGAGAAGAUGCUCACUGCUCAGGACAUGAGCUACGAUGAGGCCAGAAACCUGCACAGCAAGUGGCUGAAGCACCAGGCCUUCAUGGCCGAGCUGCAGUCCAACAAAGAGUGGCUGGACAAGAUCGAGAAGGAUGGCACGCUCCUGGUGUCGGAGAAGCCGGAAACUGAAGCGGUGGUGAAGGAGAAGCUGUCGGCGCUCCACACCAUGUGGGAGGAGCUCGAGUCCACCACGCAGACCAAAGCUCAGUGUCUGUUCGAUGCCAACAAGGCCGAGCUGUUCACUCAGAGCUGCGCCGACCUCGACAAGUGGUUGGCCGGCCUCGAGGGCCAGAUCCAGUCCGACGACUACGGCAAAGACCUGACGUCCGUCAACAUCCUGCUGAAAAAGCAGCAGAUGCUGGAGAACCAGGUGGAGGUGCGACAGAGAGAGGUGGUGGAGCUGCAGAGCCAGGUGAAGGCUCUGGGGCAGGAGGUGAAGGACACGGACGAGGUGGACGGGCGGAGGCAGGUGGUGGAAAAGAAGUUUCAGGAGCUGCUGGAGCCGCUGCAACAUCGCAGGAACUUCCUGGUUGAGUCCAGAGAGGUUCACCAGUUCAACCGGGACAUCGAGGACGAGAUCCUGUGGGUUCAGGAGAGGAUGCCUGUGGCCAUGUCCACCGACCACGGCCACAACCUGCAGACGGUCCAGCUUCUCAUCAAGAAGAACCAGACGCUGCAGAAGGAGAUCCUGGGCCAUCAGCCCCGCAUCGAUGACAUCCUGGAGCGCAGCCAGAGCCUCCUGAAGGAGGAGUCCUCCAACGGGAAUGCGAUCCGCCGGCGCCUGGCCGAUCUGCAGCAGCUGUGGAAGCAGCUGAUGGAGGAGGUGGAGCGUCGGCACGGCCGGCUGGAGGAGGCACACAAAGCCCAGCAGUACUAUUUUGACGCCGCCGAGGCCGAGGCCUGGAUGAGCGAGCAGGAGCUCUACAUGAUGUCAGAGGAGAAGGCCAAGGACGAGCAGAGCGCCGUCACCAUGCUGAAGAAACAUCAGAUCAUGGAGCAGGCGGUGGAGGACUACGCCGAGGCUGUCCACCAGCUGUCCAAGACCAGCAGAGGGCUGGUGGCCAACGGACACCCGGAGAGCGAGCGGAUCAGCAUGCGUCAGUCUCAGGUGGAUAAGCUCUAUGCCGGCUUGAAGGACCUGUCGGAGGAGAGGCGGGGCAAACUGGACGAGAGGCUCCGCCUCUUCCAGCUGAAUCGAGAGGUAGACGACCUUGAGCAGUGGAUUGCUGAGCGUGAGGUGGUGGCCGGGUCACACGAGCUAGGACAGGACUACGAGCAUGUCACCAUGCUGCAGGAACGUUUCCGGGAGUUUGCCCGGGACACCGGGAACAUCGGACAGGAGCGCGUGGACGCCGUGAACCGGCUGGCGGACGAGCUGAUCAACGCCGGGCACAGUGAUGCGGCCACGGUGGCGGAGUGGAAGGACGGGCUAAACGAGGCCUGGGCCGACCUGCUGGAGCUCAUCGACACCAGGACGCAGAUCCUCGCCGCCUCCUUCGAGCUCCACAAGUUCUACCACGACGCCAAGGAAAUCCUGGCACGCAUCCUGGACAAGCAGAAGAAGCUUCCGGAGGAGGUGGGCCGGGACCAGAACACGGUGGAGACGCUGCAGAGGAUGCACACCACCUUUGAACAUGACAUCCAGGCCCUGGGAACACAGGUGAGGCAGCUGCAGGAGGAUGCGGGGCGCCUGCAGUCGGCGUACGCCGGAGACAAAGCAGACGACAUCCAGCGCAGGGAAAGCGAGGUGCUGGAGGUGUGGCGGAGUCUUCUGGAGGCGUGUGACGGACGCCGGCUCCGCCUCCUUGACACCGGGGACAAGUUUCGGUUCUUCAGCAUGGUCCGAGACCUGAUGCUGUGGAUGGAUGACGUGAUCCGACUCAUUGAGGCCCAGGAGAACCCCAGAGACGUUUCGUCGGUGGAGCUGUUGAUGAACAACCACCAGGGCAUCAAGGCGGAGAUCGACGCCCGCAACGACAGCUUCACGGCCUGCAUCGAGCUCGGGAAGGCUUUGCUGGCCAGGAAGCACUACGCUUCAGAGGAGAUUAAAGAGAAGCUGCUACAGCUCACCGACAAGAGGAAGGAGAUGAUUGACAAGUGGGAGGACCGAUGGGAGUGGCUGCGACUGAUCCUUGAGGUCCACCAGUUCUCUCGGGACGCUGGCGUGGCCGAGGCCUGGCUGCUGGGUCAGGAGCCCUACCUGUCCAGCAGGGAGCUGGGCCAGAGCGUGGAUGAGGUCGAGAAGCUCAUCAAACGCCACGAGGCCUUCGAGAAGUCCGCCGCCACCUGGGAGGAGCGCUUCUCCGCCCUGGAGAGGCUGACUACGCUGGAACUGCUGGAUGUGAGGAGGCAGCAGGAGGAGGAGGAGAGGAGGAGGAAGCCACCAUCUCCGGAGCCUGUGGAAGUUCAGCAGGAGGAGGCGCAGCAGAGCACCGUCAAUCAGAACGGACCGCCCUCGGACCAGGAUUCUCCCAGGGACGGCGUGGAGGAUGGAGAGCUGGUGAACGGUGUUGCCGAACGGAGAUCCAAAGAGCCGAGUCCCGCCCCCUCGCCCACCUCUGGCAGGAAGGUUAAAAGUCAGUCGACCACGCUGCCCACCACGAACCGGGACUCCUGCUCGCCCCAGGAGGGACCGCUGCACCGCAAACACGAGUGGGAGGGCCACAACAAGAAGGCUUCCAACAGGUCGUGGCACAACGUGUACUGCAUCAUCAACAACAAAGAAAUGGGUUUCUACAAGGACGGCAAGGCGGCGAGCCAGGGCGUGCCGUACCACAACGAGCUCCCCAUCAGCCUGAAGGACGCCACGUGUGAUGUCGCCUCGGACUACAAGAAGAAGAAACACGUCUUCAAACUCAGAAUCGCCGAUGGAAACGAGUACCUGUUCCAAGCCAAAGACGAGGAGGAGAUGAGUACCUGGAUCCAGGCCAUCCUGAAUGCCGGCGCCGCCGACCGCUCUGACAUCCAGGGCAGCAGCCCCGGCACGCCCGCCUCCGGGCGUGCUCACACGCUGCCGGCCACCGUCACGCUCACCACCGAGUCGAGUCCUGGAAAGCGCGAGAAGGACAAAGACAAAGACAAGGAGAAGCGCUUCAGCCUGUUCAGCAAAAAGAAGCAGUAG